AUGGCCGCUCCUCCACCUGCCAAACUCCACCACCCCAAUCGCAUAACCAAACCUCAGCACCACAAAAAGCUCCCCCGCCUUCCCCAAAAUGCCCAAAUCACAAAACGACCACUCCUCCAUCCUGCCAUACCCUCUCCUCACGCAGGCGCCAACCAGCCAAAGGUCAUCUACGUCUCGUCCCGCACAAAAUUCAUCCCAGUCGUCAAGCGCGUAGAAAAACUGCUAGCCCUGGCGGAGAAGCGGGCAAUGCAGAGCGCCACUACUCUCAUCAAACAACGGAAGGGACGCGGGCAGCGGAGCUUCGGUGGGAGGGGAAGGGGGGAGGACGAGUUACUUGAGAUUGCGCAGGCCGUCGAAGCCGGACGAGCCGAUCAGGAAAAGCUGAGAGGUGGUAAGGCGAAGGGAGAGGCUGGAGGGGAAGAGGUGGUGCUGAAGGGGACGGGAAAGGCGGUGCAGAAGGUUUUGGAGUUUGGCCUGUGGUUUCAGCAGAGGGGGGAGAGGUUUUCGGUGGAGUUGAGGACUGGGAGUGUGGCUGCUAUUGAUGAUGUUGAGGUACCCGAGGAGGUGGAAGAUUCGGCAGACGUGGCAGACGCAAUGGAGAAGGACGAGCCGUUGGAGGUAGGCGAAGAUAGAGCUAUGGAAGACGAUGGGGAGGAAGCUGGCGUGAGCACUGGGGCGAUGGAUGUGGACGAUGUCCCUUCGAAACCGGCUUCGAAGAAAGCGCCUGAUCGGCCAGCGGAGGACAGUGGAAUUGCUGCGAAGAAUGAGAUUGAGCCAAUUCCCGAGACGAGGGUCCGGUACACGAGUUCGCUGGAGGUGCAUAUCCGUCGGAAGUGA